UGAGGGCGGCGGGCCCCGCUGUCAGCCCGGCCCGGCACAGCCCGGUCAUGGGCCGGGGGUCGCGGCCGCGGCGGCCUCGCCGGAAGGCCGAAGAGGGCAGGGGCGGCCGCCGGGCGGUGCGUGCCCGGUCCGCGCGGGCUGUCGCAGUGCCGCCCCGCCGCGCCCCGGGUUGAACACGACCCCCCCGCCCCUGGGGCCUCCGCCGCCUCUCCCGCGCUGUGGGCCCCUAGCGGGCGGCGGGCGCCCCCUGGCGGCGCCGCUACCGCCGCCGCUCCAAGAUGGCGCAGGCGAUCUUCGAGGCGCUGGAAGGGAUGGAUAAUCAGACAGUGCUGGCUGUGCAGUCCUUACUGGAUGGGCAGGGAGGUGUCACGGAUCCGUCUGCUCCCAAUGUCAACUCCUCUGCUGUCAUCCAGCCCAUGGAUGAUGAAGAUGUGUUCCUGUGUGGGAAGUGUAAGAAGCAGUUCAACUCCCUGCCUGCCUUCAUGACCCACAAGAGAGAGCAGUGCCAGGGCAGUGCCCCGUCCCUCUCCUCGGUGUCCCUGGCCACCAACAGCGUGUACACCCCGUCCAUCACCUCGGUGCAGCCGGCUCCCAGCGCUGGCCGCCAGCAAAUCUCUACGUACAUCACGGUUCCCCCAUCACCUUUGAUUCAGACCCUGGUGCAGGGGAACAUCUUGGUCAGUGAUGAGGUGCUGAUGUCAGCCAUGUCUGCUUUCACCUCCUUGGACCAGCCCAUGCCAGCAGUGCAGCCCCCGGUGCAGAGCAGCAUGAGUAUGCACGCUGGGGCUGGCUACCUGUCGCAGCCCCCGCCCCCACCGCCGCCCCCAGCGCCGCCCCCUCCGCAGCCCCCGCCUCCCCCGCCCAGCCUGGCGGCUCCGGGGCAGCCCGGCGGCAGCAGCGGCGUGGUGGAGGUGUACAGUGCCCCUGCUCCCAUGGCAGCAUCCAGCACCGUGGAGAUCCAGACCCUGGGCAUGCAGCCCUACCCGCCCAUGGAGGUACCGAGCCAGUGUGUGGAAAGCCCUGUGUACCCCUCUCCCCCUGUGUACAGCCCUGGGAAGCAGGGGUUCAAGGUCAAGAGCACCAGUGCUCCCACCCCCCUGAGCAGUGCAGGAGAAGGCUCUGUGGUUGGCUUUGAGUCCCCUGCUGCUGCCAAAACUCGUCGCUGCAAGAACGAGAGUGGGCUGCAGGAAGGCAAACCCAAGUCCCCCAAGCUGAAAUGCACAUACUGUGACAAGGCCUUUACCAAGAACUUUGACCUGCAGCAGCACAUCAGGAGCCACACAGGUGAGAAGCCCUUCCAGUGCAUCGUGUGUGGCCGAGCCUUUGCCCAGAAGUCCAACGUGAAGAAGCACAUGCAGACCCAUAAAGUGUGGCCUCCAGGGCUGGGCUGCACCAUCUCCCGCAGCUCCAUCACUGUGCAGGUCAUGGCCCUCAACCCCAGCCAGCCUGAGGAUGAGGAGAACACAGGUUUGCCCCAGCCCUCCAGGAACACGGUGCCCCCACCCCAGGACCUGAGCCCCCUGGAGGAGAGCGAGGCGGGCAAGCUGGAGGCCAAGCAGGUUGUCCUGAUUGACAGCUCCUACCAGUGCCAGUUCUGCCCCAGCAAGUUCAACACCUACUUCCAGCUCAAAUCACACAUGACACAGCACAAGAAUGAGCAGGUGUACAAAUGUGUGGUGAAGACCUGUGCCCAGACCUUCCAGAAGCUGGAGUCGUUCCUUGAGCACAUCAAGAGCCACCAGGAGGAGCUGAGUUACCGCUGCCACCUGUGCAGCAAGGACUUCCCGUCGCUGUACGAGCUGGGCGUGCACCAGUACUCGCACAGCCUGCUGCCCCAGCACAGCCCCAAGAAGGACAUGGCUGUCUACAAGUGUGUGAAGUGUGUCAAUAAAUACUCCACCCCUGAAGCCCUAGAGCACCAUCUGCAGACAGCAACGCACAACUUCCCCUGCCCCCACUGCCAGAAGGUGUUCCCCUGUGAGCGCUACCUGCGCCGCCACAUCCCCACGCACGGCGGGGGCAGCAAGUUCAAGUGCCAGAUCUGCAAGAAGUUCUUCCGGCGGGAGCACUACCUCAAGCUGCAUGCCCACAUCCACUCGGGUGAGAAGCCCUUCAAGUGCUCGGUGUGCGACGCAGCGUUCAAUCGCAAGGACAAGCUCAAGCGCCACAUGCUCAUCCACGAGCCCUUCAAGAAAUACAAAUGUCCCUUCUCAAGCCACACAGGCUGCAAUAAAGAGUUCAACAGACCUGACAAGCUGAAGGCUCAUAUUCUAUCCCAUUCAGGGAUGAAGAUCCACAAGUGCCAGUACUGUAACAAGUCCUUCAGCCGCCGCGCCCACAUGGUGGAGCACCAGCGCUCGCACACCGGCAACUACAAAUACCGCUGCGCCACCUGCAGCAAGGGCUUCACCCGCCACAAGUACCUGCGGGAGCACAAGUGCCGCCUGGGCUCGCCCAAGGACAAGGAGCUGCAGCUCCGCAAGGCGCGGAAGAAGAGCGCGGGGCGGGGCCGCAGGGCCGGGCUGGCGCUGCUCAAGGACGGCGCUGCCGGGGACGGCCCCCCCGAGGCGGGCCCCGCCAAACAGCCCUUCCAGGAGUCGGACGCCGUGCUGUCCAUCGUGGUUGGGGGGUCAGGAGCUGCUGACUCGGAGCUGGUGCCUGGGCAGCCCAACAGCAUGGCCUCCAACCUGGCCCUGGCAGAGCUGCAGACGGCCUCGGACGGGCCCUGCGCCAUGCUGGCUGUCCCUGUGUACAUCCAGACCUCGGAGUGACAAUGCCCGCAGCCACCGUGUGGCUGGGGGCUGCUGCUGCCACUGUCCGACUUGGUGCUCAGAUUUAUCCCCGUGGAAAAGACCAAAGCUCUUCUGGGGAGGUGGAUUGAUGUGGGAGGAGGGUUCAUCCCUCCUUGGGCAGAGGACUUCUUGGAGGCCACUGACGCCUACAAGGCACUGAAGAGAGUGGCUCCAUUAUUUCUUGUCCCUCUGCACCAUGGGUCAGCUUAGGGCAAGAAAGACAAAGAUCCCUGAAUCAGGGAAAGAAGAAGGACCAUGCAAACUUGCUACAAACAGAGCUGCUGAAAUCAGGUGGCUUUGCAAAUCACAGCCUGUCCCAUCUGUGGUUUUUCUGGCCUAAAAGCUGUAUUGCCCAGUAUUUGGGUGGCCCUUCUGAGAGCAAACAUCCUUCCUAGUGGAAGCAAGUUCAUCCUGAGAUCCUUUGGGAACACUGUUCAGAAAUACCCUGAUAGACUUUUGUCUGGUAUCUUCUCUCUGUCUGUCUCAGUAGAAAGAUCACCGUGUCUGUGCUACACGUUAUAAACACUCUGGACCUC